AGGGUCAUCUCGCCCUCGAUUCUGAGAAUGAGACUAUAGAUGAAACAGUCCGCUCAUUCCAAUUGACUUAGAUCUUACCUUGUCUUUCUGUUAUACCCAAUUGCCUUGCUAUAGUGUCCGUGCGCUAGCCUCGUCUUCAACCUUGUUCACUACCAAAAAUCACUAAGAACGUGGUCGAUAUACUAUACCAUCAUGUCUGACGGAUUGAACCAGGCACGUGCCUUGCGACUAGCCGAGAUCCUCAACGACUACCGCACACUUCUCCUCCACAUCUCGCAGCAGAACGUCCAAGUCCCAGCCGAAGACUACUGGGAGGAAGGCUACGUCGUGAUCCGGGACUCCCUGGGCGGAGCCCAGGCAUUGCUCAACUCCAACUAUAGCCCUGCGAUCCCGCCAGCCUGCUCGAGCAGCGACGAAACCGAAAAGCUUGAACUACAGCGGGUCAUCCUCGAUGCCAGCGCAAGACGUUUCCAGGCUCAUCGCUUCUACCUCCGCGCCGCUGCCGCCAGACGCUGGGCUAUUAACCGGGAUAAUCUACUUCGCGGAGGGCGUCCGGCUCCGGUGCACGCACCGCAACUCAAAGCGGUUAGCAAUACACUGGCCGAAGAACUGGCGCAAGUGACAGACCAGCAUGUUGUUGCAGACCUGCGCGCUGCUGAUUCGCGUGCAGGCCACUGGCUUGAUGAUGAUCCGUCUCUGUCUGACAUUCUCGGAUGGAUUCAGGCUCAUUCGUGAUUGUCAUCCGUUUUUUUGAAUGGCUGUGUUAUAUGGGAGAGACGGAACUAUCCUCUUCCUUCUCUCUUCCUUUUCUCUCCCCUCGGGGUGACUUUGAUACGAUUAAUUUGGACGGCAGAGGUGCCUUCCACGCCAGCGCAGGCGCUGAGCUACUUCCUUUCUUCUCCUCUUUUUGUUUCGGUUUAUACAGCAUGACAGGGGGUUCCAAAAGUAGUCUUCCUUAUGUUGAUGUCCUGCACUAUUUUGAUGCUGUGAUGGUUGAUGUUGAUGUUGAUGGUUAUGAGAUAUCCCAAGAGUGAUUGACUGAUUGUUACGAGAGAUGUUUGAGAUUGUUUCUUUAUUUUUUUACUUCCGUUGAUGUUUUUCUAUCUCUUUUGUGUUGUAUCGAUGUUUAUUUGCAUCUACUUGCAUUGUUUGUUGAUCUCGGGUUUUGUACACAACAGUCUGUCCCAGUCAGAC